UGACGCUGGCGGUGGUGGGAUUCAGUGUGGCAGCAAGGGGCAAAUCUGGGAUAUCUGGGAAAGGGGAGUCGGUGAAAACCGGGACUAAACCGGACGAAAUUCACCCCCCCCCCACCCCCACCCCUCCCGACGGAGGCUUGACGGUCACACCGCGGGGCUUCCUACCGGACACCGGGCGUCUGGAGGCUGCGGGUGGUUUUUCUCCCUGGAUCCGCACAGGUGAUUGAAUUCCUCCACUCUGAGCUCUGUUAGCAGACCAAAGUGAUGGAAGAACUUUAAGAGCGUCACACGGGGCGGGACUGACCAGCAGAGUCCUUGACGGACAGAUCUUUCCAUCCAAUCAGAUUCCUGAACGUCCGCUUUCAGACGUUUUCGUGCAUUCGCUGAUCUCCGGACUGCAGCUCGACAUAAGAUGGAUCAGCUGUCUGACGAGGAGGUGUCGGUCAGGGGGGAAGAGGAGGAGGAAGAGAUGGACAGCGACAAGGAGGACCAGGACCUGGAUAAGAUGUUCGGAGCCUGGCUGGGAGAGCUGGACAAACUCACGCAGGUACACAAAAGUCUGGAUGAGAGUCGCCCGGAGCCGCCUCCUCAGCAGAAAGCUCCCCUCAGACAGGAGACCAACAUGGCCAACUUCUCCUACCGGUUCUCCAUCUACAACAUCAACGAGGCGCUGAAUCAGGGCCAGAACGUGGACCUGGACUCCCUCAUGGCCGACCUCUGCUCCAUCGAACAGGAGCUCAGCACCAUCAACGCCAAGCCCAACAGCAUCGGCAGCAUGGCUCGCCUGGGGCUGACCGACACCAAGGUCCGUCAGAAGCCUCCAGCCGGGCGCAGUAGCCGGCAGCAGCCAGCAGGCGGUGGCGGUAGUGGCGGCGGCAGCGGCGGCGGCGGCGGUAACAGUGUCAGCGGUGGCGGGGGCAGCAGCGGGGCGAGCAGCAGCAGCAGCAGCGCCAGAGCGUCGCCUGCCGGCACCAUCAGAGCUCCCGGCGGGCCGCACGGGAGACCGGCGCUGGCCUCCAACUUCAGCCUCGACGACAUCACCGCCCAGCUGGAGAAGGCGUCUCUCAGUAUGGACGAAGCUGCUCGUCAGACCUCCUCGCACUCCCUUAGCUCCGCCUCCUCCUACACGUCGGCCACGAUGCGGCGGCCCGGCUCGUCUCAGCGCCAGCACCGGCGCACGGGGUCCGUCGGCACGGUCAGCGAACACGAGGCGCGUUCCAUCGCCCACUCCUCCCGCUCCUCCGUCACCUCGGCGUCCGGCGUCUCCGUCAACUCCGCCUCCUCCAUGGACUCGUUGGACAGCGUCCUUCGCGCCGACGAGCCGGACGGCCAGCAGCCGCCCUCGGCUGCGGGAGCCGGCCAUCCCAACACGGAGCACUCCUAUCUGGACAGAGAAACCUCUCUGAUUCUGAGAAACAUAGCAGGGAAACCCUCCCACCUGCUGACCAAGGAGGAGCAGGCUGCCAAGCUGAAGGCCGACAAUAUCCGAGUCGCCCUGGAGAAGAUCAAGGAGGCCCAGGUUAAAAAGUUGGUGAUUCGAGUUCAUUUGUCAGACGAGAGCUCAAAGACCAUGAUGGUGGACGAGAGGCAGACGGUCAGACAGGUUCUGGACAGUUUGCUGGAGAAAUCUCACUGUGGUUACAGUCCAGACUGGUCACUGGUGGAGACCAUCAACGAGCUGCAGAUGGAGCGGAUCUUCGAGGACCACGAGAACCUGGUGGAGAACCUGCUGAACUGGACCAGGGACAGCCAGAACCGCCUGAUGUUCACCGAACGCAUCGAGAAGUACGCGCUGUUCAAAAACCCCCAGAACUAUUUGUUGGGGCGGAAGGAGACGUGUGAGAUGGCCGAGAGAAACAAAGAGGCUCUGUUGGAGGAGUGUUUUGGCGGCAGCACCGUGUCCGUCCCCGAGAUGGAGGGAGUGUUGUGGCUGAAGGAGGACGGCAAGAAGUCGUGGAAGAAACGCUACUUCCUGCUGAGAGCUUCUGGCAUCUACUAUGUCCCCAAGGGAAAGGCCAAGGCGUCCAGAGACCUGGUGUGCUUCCUCCAGCUGGAUCACGUGAACGUGUACCACGGACAGGACUACAAGAGCAAGUACAAGGCUCCCACUGACUACUGCAUGGUGCUGAAGCAUCCUCAGAUCCAGAAGAAGUCUCAGUACAUCAAGUACCUCUGCUGCGACGACGUCAGAACCCUCCAACAGUGGAUCAACAGCAUUCGAAUCGCCAAGUACGGGAAGCAGCUGUACGUCAACUUCCAGGAGGCGAUGAGGAGGACCGAGGCGGCCUACGAUUGGUCCUCGCUCUCCUCCUCCUCCAUCAAGUCGGGAUCCAGCUCCAGCCUCCCAGAGUCCCAGUCCAACCACUCCAGCCAAUCGGACAGCGGCGUGUCGGAGAUGACGUCGUCGGGCCACACCCGCUCCCAGAGCGCCGUCAGCUCCAUCUUCUCGGACGCCUGGCGGAGGGGAACCCAAGGAGAGAUGAUGAGGAUUGACCCCAUCAGCAGGCCCAUCCCAGUCCAGAUACUCUCCCCCCAGCCCCUGACCCCGCCCUCCCGCACCAGCUACACCGACGGCCUCGUCCCGUCCGACGACUCCUCCUCCCCGUCACCGCCCUCUCCGCCGCCUCCGCCCAUGGCCACGGUGACCCACCAGCCGGCGAGCACGCCCUCCUACGUCAAGUACAGCACUCUGGCUCGCCUGCAGAGCCAGAACCAGUCCAGGACGCAGCCGGUAGGUGUCGCCCCGCUCUCCCUCCCCGUCCAGUGUCCCAAAUCCAAUUACAACACCCUCCCGGCCGCUUACGGCACCUCCCCUCCGCCGCCGCUGCUGCCGCCGUCUCCCCCUCCUCCCCCUCCGCCCGAGACGCCGGCUCCCGGCUCCGCCGAGGCCGCGCUGAAAUUCGGCGCGUCCAGCCUCUCCGCUCUGCCGCCGCCGCCGCCCCCGCUGGAGGAGGACGCGCAGGAGCCCUCCUACCUCCCGCCUCCUCCGCCGGAGAGCCCCGAGGCCAACGGGUUACCUCUGCCUCCCCCUCCAGAGCCCGCCCCCGACUCCUGCAAUAGCUUCUGCAACAGCGGCCUGCAGCAGUUCCUGGCGCAGAAGUUCCCUCACAUGGUGUACGACUUCAGCCAGGAGUUGGGCGAGGACAUCUCUCCUCCUCCGCCGCCGGCCGAGCUUUCUCCUCCAUCCACCUUGCAAGUUUUCCGGCCCCUGUCCCCCAACGCGCCCCCCCCUGCUCCCCCCAAGACCUUCACCGGUGGUUUUCCCCCUCAAACCGCCCGCAAACCCUCGGGCCCCGCCUCCCUCCCGAUGGCGCUCUCGCCCGUGUCUCCAACGCAGCCCUUUGGCGGCCACGGGCCCGUUAAGAAGCAGCAGAGCUUCUCGACGGGACAUUCCCCGAAUCAGCCUCCUCCCACUCUGCCGAAGCAGCACAGCCUCUCCUCCAAAAACCUCGCCAUGUCCCCCUCCUCUUUAUCCUCCUCCGUCUCCAUCGCGGCCGCCACCUCCUCUUUGGUUAAACAGAUUGUCAAUCAGUUCCCAGGAAACUCCGCCCCUUCCUCUCUGCCCGCCUCCAACUCCAUGGAAGGGUCGAAGUUGACCGCUCCUCAGUCCCCCCCAGCGGUGAAGGCCAAACCGAAGUGGCAGCCAGGAGGCGUCGUGGCUCCACAGUCCCCGGAGUUCCCCCCGCCGCCGUCUGACGGCUCGAUGGGCGAGUUCCCUCUGCCUUCCGCCUCGUCCACGGGAUCCUCCUCCAAGCGGGGGCCUCCUCCGGCCCCACAGAGGGCCUCCUCCAUCUCCAUGCGGUGCGGCUCGUCGGGGGGCGAGACCCAGGACGAGAGGCCGACGAAGGUGGAGAGCCUGGUGAGCAAAUUUGGCCAAACUCCCCAAACGGGGACCUCGUCCAGCUCCUCGUCGGCGACCGGCUCUCCUUCCAAGGACUCCUCCGCGCUGCCGGCUCCGCUUCCGAAGCCGGGGAAGCUGAACCUGGCCAACCUCCCGUUGGCCCUCCAGGGUCUGCAAACGGGCCAGCACCAUCAACCCUCUGAGUUCCCGUCGCCCCCUCCCCCGCCUCCCCCCGCCGAGCCCCCUCACCUCGACUCCUCGCCCGACUACUUCCCUCCUCCCCCCAGUGACUUUGAGCUCUUCCCUCCUCCGCCCCACCCGUCAGAGUUCCAUCACCCCCCAAAGAUCGCGGUGGUGAACCCCCAGCCCCAGAUGCAUCCGCCCCAACAGUCGGCACCUUCCUCCUUGUCGUCGUCGUCAUGGAAACAAGGUUCAUUGAAAAAGGGGGCGGUCCUCCCUCCGACCCUGAACCGGCGGAUUAGCAACGCGACCCAGUACGACACCACGAUGUCGAUGCCCCUCUCGCCGCUGCCUCUGUCUCAGACCCCGCCUCCCUCCCUGUCCUCGUACUCCACUUCCUCCUCUCCCGUACCCCCCACCUCCCCGAAGUCCCCGGGGCCGAGCACCCUGGCGCUCAAGCCCCACUUCCUGGAAGACCUCAACCGCACCCUGAAGAGGAAGUCGGUGUCCCGCCACGGCUCGCUGACGUCUACCCACCUCAUCUCCUCCUCCAAGAUGGAGCCGGUGGGCACCAUGGACGACAUGGCGCUCCUCCCGCCUCCCCCGCCCGAGCUCCUGCAGCAGGGCGUCCGGGGCCACUCCCAGACUCUGUCUCGCCACCACACGCACUCGCACUCCACCAAACACGCCAGCAUCUCAGGCUAUGCAACGCUGCGGCGAGGCCCGCCUCCCGCUCCCCCGAAACGGGACCAAAACACCAAACUAACCGGCGACUGGUAGGAGAGGAGGGGGGGGGGGAGGGGCGUGACCGCUGGGCGGAGCCUAAAGAACUGAACUGACUGUUUAGCAGAAAAUAAAUAAUCGAUGUCCGUCUCGACUCGUCCGUCUCUCCUCAUCCUGAAAACCAUCCGCCCUUUGGAUCCCGAGCAAGUAGCAAGCCGUCUUUCCUACUCUUAAUCUAAGAUUAUGAUUGUUCCUAUUAUCCUCAUUAUUACUAUCAUUACCAAUACAUGUUUAACCCUAUGACAUGAGUAAAAAUAUAUAUAUAUAUAUAUAUAUAUAUGUAUAUAUAUAUAUAUAUAUAUAUCUGUAUACAAGCAAGCCAGAAAGAUCACCUAUCAAGCUUUUUUCACGAUGUCUGUGCAGCUUUGCAUUGAAAUAUACAAAAGACGAGACUUGAAUGACGACGGCAACAGAGACAAUGUGCUGCUCACUAACCGGUACUGCAUGGCGCCAUGGCAACGGGAGCGAUGGAGGGGAGGAGGGAUCAAUGGAAGGAACGAGAGAUGCGAAAGCGGGGGGGGCGAUGUGUAUAGAAAUGUAUGUUGUGGGGGGGGGGAGCAUUGCCAUUUAUUUCAAAACUUUUUGUGUGUGUUUUUAUAUAAGAUUAUUUAAUACUGCAAAGAUAUUAUUAUUAAUAUUAUUAUAAUUAUGUUUAAGUUUUUAAGAAGUGUCAAAAGAGAAUGAGUUUGACUGGACAUGGGUCUGUAUCCUCCAAAUAUAUGUCCAGGAAAAAAAAAAAAAAAAAAAAAGUUGCGAUCCCAAGUUCCCCGAACGAGUUCAUGUCUGUGAUCUUUUCAUCUGAUUUUAAUGUGCUUUACAUUCGGGGCGUCGUGGCUGUUUGGUUGCCGCGGGAUACGAGACGCAUUGAAUAUACAUACUUCAUAAAUCAGCUGGAGAACCCGCAGGUGUUACCGGGCGACUCUAUUCUGUUAAUUCAUAAUAAAUCGGUCAUCUUAA